AUGUCCACCACUGCAACUAUCACUAAGACGGCCGAGCAAGCUUCCAACUUGCAUGGCUUUGGCCGAAUGCGUGUCGAUGGCACUGACACCAAGUUUGGCGACUUUCGCGAUGAUUUGACUCGAGACGGAUAUGCUGUUGUCAAAGGAGCCAUUGCCAAAGAAAAGGCCCUGAAGUAUGCUGAUGAGAUGUAUUCAUGGUUGGAAGGAUUCGAGCUAGGAUUCGAUCGCAACGAUCCGUCCACUGUGCAAAAAGACAAGCUGCCUGUUCUCAACGAGAAGGGAAUGGUCCUUCACUAUGCCCUUCCCCAUGAGAACUUCGUCUGGGCCGUGCGAAGCGAGCCCGGUGUGAUCGGGGCCUUUGAGAAAAUUUACGACUCAGAGGACCUGAUUGUUUCCUUCGAUGCAAUCAACAUUCAAUUUCCGAACCGUACCGACGUUCCUCCCAACACACCCUGGCCUCACCAGGACCAGGAUCCCAAGAAGCACGGUUUCCGCUGCAUGCAAGGACUAGUCAACUUGCUUCCCAACGGGCCAGAUGACGGUGGUCUCAUCGUCUGCCCGGGCGCACACCUAUUAUCCGAGCAAUUCCACAAAGAGAUGGCCGAUGAGGAACUGAUCCCAGCUUGGACACCUGAGUGGUAUGGAUUCACAGACCGGGGAAUGAAAUGGCUCGAAGAUCACGGCUGCAAGUGGGUGAAGGUCUGCGCUGAACCUGGAGAUCUCCUCCUCUGGGACUCGCGUACGCCGCACUACAAUCUCAGCCCGAAGAAGAAACAGCCUCGUCUCGCCAUAUAUACCUGCUACAUGCCUGUUGCGGAUGCAACGCAGGAUGAUCUGCGUCGGAAGAAAGAUGCGUUCGAUCGACGUGUUGGUACUACACACUGGCCUAAUGCAAAGCAUACGGGCUCGAACGUCGCUCAGCGAAAUGGCGAGGAGGAUCCUCACAAUCGGCUGCGGCCACUGGUUGAGCCUGUGCUUGGGGAAAGGGCCUUCAAGUUGACUGGGAUUCCCUACAUCAAGGAGUGA